GUUCAUUGACUGCGCGCCGCGCAAUGGCCGCAUGUUCGUGGCCGGUGCACAGUGCAUGUGUGACAGGAGCUACGAGGAGGAGAACGGCGAGGCCGAAGAUACCGGCUAACAUCGAACCCGAGACCCACUGAAAUUUUCUUUGGGUUCCCGGCCGCGAUUGAGGACGCGCCUCGAUCGAACACCGCGAUAAGGAACGCUGGGAUCGUUUGGUCGACUUUUUUCCCUUCUUAGACACCGGACGACGACGUCUUUAUCGUCGCCCCUGAUCCAACCCGAUCCACCAAUCACAGUGUCGAACUUGAUUCCGCGCGAUAAAUCAUCUGUACCAAAGAGACGAGGCGAGAGAACGGAACCGUCAAGAUAGCUAGCACAGUUGGAUCCUCGCGUAUUUCGGACUUAAUGCUCGCGACCAGGUGCGAUUGGUUUGAAUUACUUGCGUGCAGCAGCAGGAGCACCGACAGCAGCAGCAGUAGUAACAAAGUCGAUCGGCGAAAAUGUACCGUUGCUGACGAGAGGCGACGACGACGACAACGACAACGACGGCAGCAGAUUUUGCGUCGCGUUGCAUCGUAUUGCUCGGUCGGGAUCGGCUUGGACGUAUUUAGGCGGCGGGACAGUGUGAAUAUUCAGUCCGCGUUUCCCUUCCUGCUCUCGUCACCGUCGUGCGUUGUUCAGCCAGUGGUGUAAAGGCAGUGAGCGAGAGAUAAGCGGGAGAGGCGGGCAGCUAUAACCGGCAACCACACGGUGGACAUGAUUAUUUCAAAGGAUCUGUUCCUCUUUGGCGACCAAGAUUACCUGCGCCUUCCCAGUAACGAGAAGCGCCAGCCACGGGCAAUGGGCCGACCAAUCAUCAAUGCUCCCAGAGUGGAAAGCUCAGCGUUGCAGUUGGUGUACCCGCUGGAUUCUCGUCCGGUGCAGCUAAUUUUCCGAGGGUUGCAGGUGGUCAAGGAGAAACGAGCACUCCUACGGGAUGUCUCGGGCGUGGUCAAACCCGGCGAACUUUUGGCCGUCAUGGGGCCUUCAGGUUGCGGCAAAACCACAUUGCUGAACUGCCUGACCGGCCGCGUGGGCGUGGAUGGGGGUGAAAUCUGGCUGAAUCGAGAGAGGCUGACGAAAAGAUGGCGCCGAAGGAUCUGCUACGUGCAACAGCAAGACGUUUUCUUCCCAGAUCUCACAUUACGACAGACUCUCGAGUACCAGGCGAGGCUCAGGCUUCCGGACACGUUCUCGCACUCCCAGAAGAUGCAGUGCGUGGACCAUAUCAUCGAGGUCCUCGACCUCGUCGGCUGCCAAGACACCAUUAUCGGGGAUUACACGAAACGGGGUCUCUCUGGCGGCGAGAAGAAGAGGACAAGCAUAGCCUGCGAGCUGCUCACCAAUCCGUCGCUGAUGUUGCUCGACGAGCCGACCAGCGGGCUGGACUCGCAUUCAGCACAGGCGUUGAUUUCACGACUGAAGAAAUACGCGGAGCAGGAGGGCAAGAGCAUCGUGGUGACAGUACAUCAGCCUAGUUCCAGGAUGUUCCACAGCUUCAACAAACUGCUCCUGCUGAGCCGCGGCCAAGUAGCGUACUACGGACCAACCACGAACAUUGGCAGGUUUUUCUCGACGAUAGGGCUGACGUUGUUGCCACACUACAACCCGGCUGACUUUAUACUGGAGCAAAUAAAGGGGCCGGAGGAGGUUCGGGAACGGAUCGUGGCUGCAGCGAGGAACGCGAGACAGGGACCCGACUGCCCGCCGGAACUUCGCCCGGAAUAUAAUCCCAGCCAGCAUCCGCUCUGCGACCAUCUCAUCCAUUAUCACGAGCACCACAUCAGCCACAAUGUGAAAGAAGACGAGGGUCGCACCCUUUGGUUGGACACGCAAAGCCAUACCAGCAGCAGCGCCAGCUCCGCGGACGAAGAUUACGCUUGGCAGUGGCCCACCAGCUUCUGGUCACAAUUCAAAGUAUUAUCAGAACGAAACUUUCAAGAGGCCCGGCCACGGAUGCUGUCUCGUUUGAAUUGGCUGCAAACGAUAGCUCUCGGUCUGCUCGCUGGCCUGCUCUGGCUGAGGCUUCCCAGAACCGAAGCGGCUCUCCACGACAUCCAGGGCUGGAUGUUCUUCAGCACCACGUACUGGAUGCUGUUCGCACACUUCGGUACACUCUCCAGUUUUCCUCCUGAACGCGAGGUAAUCAACAAGGAGCGGCUGUCGGGAUCGUAUCGGCUCUCGGCCUAUUACCUGGCGAAAAUGGUCGGCGAGCUACCUCUUACGAUCACCCUGCCCGCGGUCUACCAUGUCAUUAGUUACCCGAUGUUGGGCUUCCACAGUCCGGCAGUUUUCGUCACCCUGCUGGCGUUCCUCUUGCUGAACACCGUUGUCGCGCAGAGCGUGGGAUUCUUCGUCGGCGCCUGCUGCCUGGACCUCCAGGUGAGCAUUACGGCGUCAGCGCUGUACACGCUCGCCACGCAGCUGCUCGGCGGGUAUUUGGCGACCGCGGUACCGCCGUGGCUCGCGUGGGCCAAAUACGCGAGCAUGGUGCACUACGCCUAUCAGAACAUGCAAAUCCUGGAAUUCGGCGUCGGCGAGCCGAUCACAUGCUCGCAGCCAAGCAAGUUCCCGGAGUGCAGGAACGCCACCACGAUACCAGUGUCGGCCAUCUUGGAGAACCAAGGGAGCAGGGGCUCCGGUCUUCCACUCUGGGCGAACACGGCCGUUCUGCUCGCGUUCCUGGUGAUAUUCCGCACCCUCGGCUACCUGGUCCUCCGCUACUACCGCGUGCCGAAGUGAGCCGGCGUGUCUGGGGAACCAUGAAGACUACUCGCCACACCGUUCCACGAUCGUUGACGGAUCGACGGACGUCGCAGCGACGGUCCCCGCCGCGCCAACGGGAACAACGAAUGAAACCGACGGCCAUCACCCCUCGUUUCGCGUUGCGGGAAAAUAAAAACGUAGCUCGCAGUAUCCGAAGAGAACAGACACAGACAGCGAAAGUUUAUUUUUACAGGAGAAUAGGGUGUUGACUGUACGGGGAGCGUUGCUGAUUGCCUCUGAGAAAACGAUUCUCGCUUUGAAAGGGUCUUGUAGGUGUAAAAUAGAGUACGUUGAUCUGAAGCUGACGUAGAGGAUUUGGAAUGAUUUUGUUCCAUGAUGGUACCUUUAGGUUGUUCGAUUGUCUCGGAACAUUCUGGAAGGUAGCUCGAUUAAUAUCCAUUUAGCAAUUUUGAUGGAUGGUUGCUCUAAGAGCUAUAGAAAAUGUUGGGAAAAGAUGCUAUCGAGGAUCUACUCUCGCCAGAAACGCGUGUCCAUUGGUAAUUCAAAAUACUUUGAGUCGUUUCCUUGGGAGUAGAAGCUAGAAUAGCUACUGAGCCCAGGUAAUAUUCUCAUGAACGAAGCAGGAAGAGAAUAUUCUUGUUAGAGGAUUCAAAUAGUCUAAUAAUAGAGUAUGCAUCAUCCAUUGAAUGCUGCUUUCGAAAUCGAAUGUUCUCGAGAUCAAAGCCCAUCGAUUCUUCCGAUCCCAGAGAAGGAUCCAGCUUCCAGAGGCAGACCAGCAAGUUCGUCGUAGCACUAUUUUAAUUACCGAUUAGCGACUAUUUUUCUUAACCGGUCACACACACCGCCAGAAAACAGUGAAUACCUCUCGCCAGGCCAUGUGAUAGACGAAACGAGAAACGACGGGUGAAAUGGAGUCAAAUUUAGGGGACGAACCGUAGAAGGAAUCGGAGGACGACGACGCGCGCGGGAUCCUCGCAGCGGAGAUGUCCGCGUUUCCGGUGGCGCGGCGGCCGAGACGCGCAUAUCGUCGAACGGAUAUACGAAAUCGCACGCGUAGAGACUCUUUAUAUAUCACGCUGAACGGAGAGGUUGGACAACUUUGGAGUGAAUGGACGCGAGUGAACGGGGAGGCGGAGUGAAUGGGUGACGCGCGACUGGUCGACUCAAUUUCUUUCUACAUUUUGUUUUCGUUUAAUUUUCUUGCGGCAAGAAGGGUAUAAUAGAUAGGGAACAGCGGGACAGGACCCGGGGAAACGAGAUACGUGAGAGAAGUGUGUUUAAACAGAGAACGAAACCAGUGAGAACGUUACUGGAGAGGAGUGAGGGGGGCUGGCUGCGUUUCUGUUUUCUUUUUUUCUUUUUUUUGGGGGAAGAAAAAUCGACGCGGCGUCGGGUCGCCGCAUCACCGACUGAAAAAUAUGAAAAAGAAAUCGCGUUUGUAUACAUAACAUAUAUUACGAAGUACCAUUUCUUACAUUUGCGAACGGAAUAUAGAAAUGCAUAUAUACACGUAUACACGCAAAGGGAGAAUGGGUGGGAGAGAAUGAGAAAAUGUGUGCGAGGGAAGGAGAACACAAUACACACACACGUAGAGGACCGAUCAAUUUUUAGGCUUAGCGGAUACAAGGCAAGGGGUUGGACGUCCAACCCACCCCUAACCCUCGUUUUUUAGCGACUAUCUAGAUGUACACGCGUAUACACAGAGAGGGAACGAGACAAUACGUACCUACACACACGCGCGCGCGCGAAAAUUACACAGAGUACACAUUUCUUUUUACUUUUAUUACUGCAGAAGAGUUGCUACAUUUUAAAGAUAUUCGCCGUAGAUGGUAAGAUAAACUGCUACUAUUCAUUGCUGCUACUACUACUACCACUACUACUACUACUA